UCACAAAUUUAAAUAAUUUUUCAUUUAAAAUUUUCAAUUCCAAAAUUGGUUUGACAGUUCAUUGUCUCAGCAGCUGUGUCGAUUCGUCUACCUAUAUUCUUCUACCAUGGCCCAUACCAAAUGUAAAUACGUUACGUGUAAAAAUCACAUGCAAACGCAUCUAUUUUUGUAGCGGCCUUACAGCAAAUAUGAGUAGGUAAUCAACCUACAGAUCCCUUAUUACAAUAAGAAGAAGAGACUCGUUGAAGCUUUUAAUUUUAACCGCCCGUUUUACACCAAGCCAUUCAAUUUACCAGCGGAAAGAUGGGUUUUGAUCGUUCCCUUAUAGCUCUGGGCAAGAGUGAUAUGUACGGCCUGCCUUGGUUAGCCGGAACGGGUGGUAUUCAAGCUUUGACAAAAUACUGCAAAACUGUUGAUAUUGAAUCUGUAAAUAUUCCUCGUACUUGCGCAUCAUUGCAGCUGGGCCUGCAAAAAUUCCGGGAUGAUUCACAAAGCAUUAAUACCGUUAAAGAGACGACAGUUAUACCAUUUCGAGUCUGUUCUAACCUUUUGUAUGGCACACUUAAAAUAUAUCAGCAGCAGGUCAAUAAUUUGUACAAGUUAUCCGAAGACUUAAUAAUUCGAAGCAGUAAAUAUGAAACAAAGGCCAAAAAUAAUCAAAAGAGCAGUCAACGAACGGUUAAGAAACGUAGAUUAACAAUAACUCAUUCAAAUGACAUUAUCCAGAACUCCAGCAUAAACUAUUCAGAAAUUUUAGAAGAUUUGGAGAGAAUAUCUCAGGAGUCACACAUUGAAAAGAUUUCAAGCGAUUCAUGUAGCCAAAUAAAAUGUUCUUCAACACAAUUUCAAAUUCGUGAAAUCACGAUACGUGAAAUUACCACAACAUAUGGUAUUCCAGAGUUGGAUGAUGACUGUGGAUUUGGCAAUGCCACAAAUGAAGACAUAAUAGAUUUUCUUAAUUAUUCUGGACAACAGAAAAAUUAUCGAGCAUCUGUGGCGGAAAGAAUAUCACUUAAAAGAAAGUCCCAAUGUGGUGAAUCAGAGAAUAAUGCGAAACAUCGUAGAUAUGGCGAUGAAACAGCUGAACAAAUUAUAUACUCUGGUGGCAAUUUUAUGGACACCGAUCUCAUAUUAACUCCAAGUCGCUCAAAGAGUGCCUCCAAUCACAUGGGGAAUAUUUUCAAUCAAAAUAACGUUUGCACAAAUAAUACCCAAAUCUCUUUCCACUCUUCACAGUGCCCGAGGCGUAAGAGUGGUUACGAAGAAGAUGCUGUAUGUGCAAAACGUCUAAAAUUAAGUCAUGAUUCUACUAUAAAUUACAAAGAUAGUACAUGUAAUCUUAUGGCGAAUGAUUUAGUGGCAACCCCCUGUCGUGAAAGAGGCACCAUUGAACUGCACAGUAAUAUUUUGAAGGAUAUUAAACCAGAAAUAAAAGAUGAAUUCGAUGUCAGCUACAAGGAAAAUCUUCCACCUGGCGAUUUUCAUAAUAUUAGUCACAUAAAGAACGACGAAAACGAUUCCACUGAUAUCAAAAAGAAAUCUUUUCUAAUAAUAGAUCAGUGUAUUAAACUGGAAGACAAAGACAUGAUUGAUCAAAUAAAUAGACCCAUCAGAAAUUUGCGCGGUGUAACAAAGAUGAGUUUUAAGAAAUUGCAAAUUAAACGAAUGCUGCAGGCGAAAGAACUUCUGAAACGUUUUAACAAAAGAUCUCUGUUAUUUGCUGCAAAGCUAAAGGAAAAGUCUGGGGAUCUCAAUAAAUCAAAAUUCCAAAGAGAAUACAUUAGUUUAUUACAUGAUAUAUUAAAACCAUAUUACAAGGAAGACUGGGCCUUUGAGAUUUAUCCAAAGUGGAAGCAGUCUGUAAAAUCACCACGAAAAUCCAAAAAACUGCAUAACCAAAAGCGGCAAGACGUUGAAAAAUCAACGCCCAUUCCAAUGCAAAUUGAUGACAAUUGCAAUGUGUUGUACAAUGAUAAUCUACAUGUGGUUCAAGAUGGAAAUCCAGAGAAAAUAUCAUUUAAAGACAAUGCCUUCAAUAUGUCCGCAAAUGCUGAAGAAAUGCCUCAGUCAAAUAAUUGGCGACCAUAUUAUGUAAUGAUACGUUUGUUAUAUAUGUGGCAAACUUCUGGACCAGAAAUUGAUGCAAAUAAGUUUUGUCAAUCGCCGAGGAAUCGCAUUGAUAAAGCUUUGGCGUUUUCGUCGUUGUUGGUGCUGUCAAAAUCACGUUUUGUCGUAAUCACUCAACGUUAUAAAUCCAUUGAAAUGGAUAAAAUUGUUCUGGGCAAAGCUGCCAAAAACAUUUUGGAGAAAAAAUAAAGUUGUUUCUAGUUUUUAUAUAAAUAUUUUUGUAAAAAAUCAAUCAAGUAAUUCAAUGUCUUGUUUGGAGACGAAGAAGAAAUCUAUUAGAAAAUUUCCAACUGCAAUUCCUUAAAAAAAAAAAACUUUUUAAAGUGAUGCGUAUCGAUAAAAAAAAUUGCAUUCUCACAAAAGUUUCACAUUAUAUGGAUAAUCAAAAUACUUUUACGAUUUGUAUUGCAGUGGAAUUUUUUUGUUGUUAAACUAUUUGUUACAUAA